CUCGUGAGUUAACCGAAAACAAAAGUUUGGUAGAAUGUGGUUUCUCAAUAUAUUGAUUAUUUGUACAUUGUUUCUUACAACGAGUACGAGUCUACCGAUGGAAAGAGAGUAUAAGACUAGUACUGAAAUCGGGGAUCAAGGAGGUAAAAUAGCUCUGCCAGAGAAUCUUGCAAAUAAAUCAGUCAGCAUUGUGUCAAAUAUUAGUCCAACCAAUUUGUUGAAGGAUCGCAUUGGACGAUCAGGUGGGAGACAAGGUCGUCAAAAUUUCCCCUUCAUGAUUUACGGCGGAUGUUACCCACCCGGCUUUCAGACGAGCGCUUGGGAUAAGCCGCGAAGUUGCAUCCCCGGGUGUGUUUGCGUAACAUCUCCGUGCCCGUGUUGUGCAAUGGGAUAACCUAUGUAUGUGCGGAGUAAAAAAAACAUAAGUAAAAAACGACAUAAAAUCCGCUAGCUCUAAAAAGACUAAAAUCAAGAAACGUUUUGGACCGGUUUGCGUAGAAUGGACUUAUGUUGCUCGAAUAUUAUAAGUUUACGCUCUUAAAAAUACAGAGGGUGUUCAUUAUUUCUUCGUAUCCCUAAUAUCGUAACGUAGUUUACGAAUAAAAAAAACAAGGGGUCAAGUUUCGUAAAAUCGUAACCUUAGUAACGCGAUUUUCGAUGACAAAAUCUUACUAAGCUUAUAGAAUCCUGUGAUUGAAUACCCUCAUUGAAAAUACUUAUUGAAAAUUAAUAAAGUGUUA